CCCCCUCCCCUCCACCUGCCGCGCCGCAGACUGCCCUUCAUCUUCCCGGCACCAUGACCCGCACAGUGUUUUUAGCGGUCCUCCUCCUCGCGGGGCAAGUAAUGUCACUUCCAGUAAUGAAUCCAACAGCUAAAGAUGACACCAAGGUGAUGAAGUGCAUUGUUGAAGUCAUCUCAGAUACAGUGUCAAAACCAAAUCCACUCCCUAUCAGCCAGGAAUGCCUAGAAAUCCUUCAAGGAGAUGAAAGAAUCCGUUCCAUUCUUCGUCAUCAAAACUUACUAAAGGAGCUGCAGGAUAUUGCAAUCCAAGGAGCCAGCGAAAGGACGGAGCAGCAGAAGAAAAAUAGUGGUUUUGAAGAUGAGCUUUCAGAAGUCCUUGAAAGCCAAAGUAACAAGAACACAGAAAGAGAUCUACCAGAGGGGGUCCCUAAUGAAGAGCCCACCACUUCUUUUGCUGAGCUAGAGAAGGAGAGAAGUCCAGUGGACAAUGAAAGGGAUGUGUCAAAAGAGGAUGGGAGCAACAGCUUGGAAGAGAGAGAGACGAGGGCUCGAGAAGCUGAUCCUGUAGAGGAAAAGGAGAUGGAAAGCAAUGAAGUUGGCGAGACUGAAGAAUUGCCUUGGGAUGAUGCUGUUGACAAUCAUAUCCGUGAUGAUCUUGUAGGCGAUGGGAUACAUGAGCAGGGACAUCCAGAGGGCGAAGAGCCGGCAGGGAGAGAGGAAGCAGAUGAGUUUGAGGAGAAGGAACGUAUUUCUAAAAACAGUCAAGAGGAGAGCCAUGAAGAAGUAGAGGACACUAUCCAAGACCCUGCUGAAGAUGAAGAGGGGGAUGAAGAGGUGGAGGAGGAGGAGGAAGAGGAAGAGAGAGGGAACUCUGAAGAGGAACGUGCUACUAAUUCAGAGGAUGAGGAUGAGCAAAAGGAAAUUGAAAAUGAAGGCGCUAAGGAUGACAAGCCUCUGGAAGAGAGAGAGAAAUACCGUAGCAUGAAAGGCGGGAGGCAUCACUCUCUUGAGGAAACCACGCAGGCCGAAGAGCCUUCACGCCUCAGAGAUACUGGAAGUGAAGAGACGGGAGAGGAGGCCUCCAAAGAUUUAGAAGAUGCAAAGAGAUGGAACAAAAUGGAUGAGCUGGCCAAGCAGCUGACCACAACGAAGCGUACAGAAGAGAACGAAGGUGACGAAGACCCAGAUCGGUCCAUGAAAGUGGCUUUCCGGGCUCGCAAGUAUGACUUCCGUAACUCUGAAGACGAAACGAGGAGCCCCCAGGCGCAUCACUCAAAAGAGGACGCCAGCGAAGGAGGCUUUCCACUUGUUCCCUUGCCUGAAGAGAAGAAGGAUGAAGAAGGCAGUGCGAACAGAAGAACAGAGGAGCAAGAGCUGGAAAGCUUGGCUGCAAUUGAAGCUGAGCUGGAGAAAGUGGCCCAGAAGCUCCAUGCCCUACGGAGAGGCUGAAGUUCUGAAACUAUGUGUGACCUGAGCAAAAAAGCAAGAAGUUUAAACUUACCCUUUGAAAACACUGCAAUUUAUUUUAUUAAUUUUUUUUAAAGGAGUUAUAAUGGAGCAGGUGCAUUUGGCAUAGGAAGCCAAUUAUCAGUAGAAAACAGACUUUUUUUUCUGUGUGUGUGUCUACAGUAGUCCUGCGCUUGAAUUGCUUGCUGUUUUGAUUUUGUGCUCCCUUUAUCGGCUAUCGAUUUUCUAUUGUAACUUUUGGAUUACAGCAACAGUGUGACUUACUCAUGAAUUUUCUGUUGAAGGAAAAAAGAGGGGGGGGAUAGAUUUGGGGGUUUUCCCCUCUUAUUUUUGAUUUUUUUUAAAAAAAAUUAAAAGCCAUGACAGCUUUCUAGAAUGUUUUACUUAUACUAUUAGGUUUACUGGAUAAAAUACCUUGCAAUAAUUUGUUAAUCUUUUGAUUACAAAAAUGAUGAGUGACUAUAAUAUAUUCUAUAUAGAAAUUAAGGACAACAAUAAAAAUACAGAUUUGGGCUCCUUCA